AAGCGCAGAAUUUAUCACUACGCGGCUCAGUUCGGUUUAAAAAUAAUAAUAACGAAAAAACACAGUGGCUUAAUUCGCUUUUAGUUGUGAAGUGUGCACGCGACGUUUGCGGGCAAAAUAGUUUUUUUUUUUCUCUUUUAUACAUAGAAUGAAUAAUCGAAUGGAUGAAACAAGUAUAUCAUAUGACAACAUGUCUAAUCCACCGAUAUCACGACCCGUAUUCGCAAAAUGUCUAUUUUGCAUACCGUUAAGAAUGGGAUGUUUAAUUCUUGGAUAUUUGAAUUUGAUAGCUACUGUACUAAGUAUCAUUGCAAUUACCGGCAUCACCCUGGUCCUCGGUUAUGCGACCCACGGCUUCGACCACUUUGAUCAACCCACCGAGAUAAAUCUUCAACAACAUCCAGAGUUUUCGAAGAAUUCACUGAGAAAUUUCCUGAUAUUGAUCGAGAUAUUUAUUGCAAUUGCUCUGUUGAUGAACUUUGCAUGGAUUGUAGUCGAUAUUGCAUGCUUGAUUGGAGUGCACAAGAAACGUGUCGGUCUGUUUCGCCUCUACAUUUCGUUCGCCUCUCUUAGAUUAAUAUUCAUAUUAGUCGGAAUCCUUUAUCUUGUGGCAACCAACAGAUCGUCAUUAAUGGCAUUUGCCGUCGAAAUGUUCAACUUUGUUUUGACUGCAUACUUCAUCCUGAUUUACUAUAUGUAUGUGAAACAAACAAAUAUAGAGGAAAACGACAAGAUUUAUACUAUAAGUUCUCAUUACAACAACAACAUAAGCGACAUCUAUCCGACAUUUAUUGAUAAACGAAAAUUUGUCGUGUACGAUAAGUACAUAAACAGUUAUUAUUAAUCAUAUAUUUUAUAUUAUUUAAUUUAAGACAAGUGUCAUUUUUAUAUUAUUAUAUUAGUUUAUAUAUAAUUAAUUUUAUAUUAAAUAUUAUAGAUAAUUAAUUGGAAAUAGAGUUCUCUUCAACAGUUUUCCAUUUAGAAUGAAAUAUGGGACAUUUGAAAUACGUGCCUACAAACAUUUAAAAGACCUGCAACAUACAAGCAACUCCUUUCGUGUUGCAAGUGUUAAAAAAUUUGGCGGUAAUAUAUUUAAAAUGAAUUAUUAAAAUUUACGUCUAAAUUGUAUUUUAAUUUAAAUAAAUGCAAAAUUUUAUAUAUAUAAUAUUAGAAAAAAUGAGCAAAUUAUAUUCCAGUAAUUAUUUAGUUUAGUUUUUUAAUUUACAAAAUAUAAUUAGUUACUAGGCGACGAUAACAGCUUUCCAUCAGGUGGACUGCCUGCUUAUUUGCCUAUUUCUCUAAUAAUAAAAAAAUUGGCGAUCAUUUAUUUAAAAUGAAUAAUUUUAAUUUAAACUAACAGAAAAUUUAUUACAAAAAUAAACAAAUUAUAUUAUAGUAAUAAUAUAGUUUAA